GUCAGGCUCCGCGAACGACGAAAACCGCCGGCUUCCCAACUGAUGGGAAAGGGACUCUAUUGGAGGCCUGGAAAUGGCCUGCGACCUCUACCAGGCAAAACCUGCUGCGCAUCCGCCCUCGGCUGCAGAGCCAGCCGAAAUCUGUGUCCCAGAGCUCGGCUCCGAAAAGCAAGUACCUGUCCCGGCCGCGUGGCUGACAGCCUGUUUUCCCAGAUUGUACGCAGGCUCCCGUGAAACAGAAGACGAGGAGGAGAAAUAGUGUCAUCAGUGUCGUAGAUCCAAGAAUCUUCUUGCCCUUCCGCCGUUUCCGAUCGGCUCUUGAAGCCCCGAGCUGAUUCCAAGAUGGCCCGCGCGAGGCAGACGCCGUUCGCGCGCCAAUGGGGAAUCUACGUCGUUCGCCUCGUCGACGUUUCGCUUCUGAUCGGUUCGCGGCGGCUCUUGCAGUCGAUUGCAGUCGACGCCGUCGAGGCCUAGCUUCUUGAUCACCCCGCUCAGCAUCUGCACCUCGAUGGACUCGACGGCUGCGAAGACUUCGCUUGGCGAGCCCGCGCUGCCGGGCACCUCCGCGACGCCUGACUGCUGCGCCGCCCGCCUGCCCCGCUUCGCGCGCCCGGCCUCCUUCUUCCCGAACUCUCCGCUCCACUCGAGGAUGCCGAUCUCCGCGCCGACCUCAUCGACGUCGAUCUCCCGGCCGUCCUUCACCUCGCAGUUCACAGAAGGCGCGACCACAGGAUGUGGCCAAUUCCUGCGGUCGGCAGGCUGCUGGCCUCCGACGUGCGCCGCCGUGGAGUCCUUGACUAUGGCCUGGCAGUUCCCGCCCACCUUGACUAUGGCCUUGCAGUUCCCGACCACGUCCUCGCCCUCGCCGAUGGGCAAGACGCCUUCCUUGGAUAUGCCGACGCCCCUGCCGCGCACCUGCACGCGCUCGUCCUCGCCCACGUACUCGCCGAAGCUAGGGGGGAAACAAACCUACCUCGCUUUUGACCACCCUCGCUUUCAAGAGAUACCAAGCGAGGCCAAACUACGGCCUGUACCGGUCAGGCCGCUUGACAAGGAGGCGCGUGGUAUGACUUGGUUUUGCCUGGAAGCGAAAGCGGGGUAGGUAAUUCGCGCUCUGAGAAGCCCACGAACUCGACCUGCUCCUUGGCACUGCCGGCGACGCCGUGGGCGAGGCAGGUGGUGUCGCCGCUCUCCUGGGCCGGCGCGGCCGUCGCAGUGCCCGCGCCCCCCCAGGGGUUCGGCGCCUGGGUCCUUCCGCGCGCCCUGACCUUGAUCCCCCUCUCGCGGCCACGACCUCAGGGCACGCAGGUGCUGUCGAUGCCCGCUUCGUCCAGCGCGCCAAACCUGUCAACGCCCCGACUGUACUCCAACAGGGCCACCUUCUCGUCGUCGGCGCCGUGCUCCCGACCAGCCAGCCAACGGUCGAGGCCAUCCUCGCUCA